UCCCGUAGGGCGGGCCGACCCUAGUUAUGGAGUAUAUAUAUACUGUAUACUGUUUUAACUACAUUAAAUUCGUUCCAAGACGGGUAGGAAGAAUUUUAGCAUGCUACAGACUAUCCCAUAAAUUCCCCGGAUACACAUAUGAAUGCCUAGGAAACUUGCAAAAAGUGUAGGCAAAAUAAUUUAUGAUCAUUGAUUGAUUAGUGCCGUGUUUAUUACGUAACCCUUAAAUAAACUUUCCGAAAUUCUAGAAGACCUCUCACUGCUGAGUCUCGGUAUUAAAUUAGUUAGUACUACUAGUUGCUUACCUAUUUCAUAACCUUUCAUUAGUCAAAAAAAAAAAAAAAAUUACGUAUACUCGCUCAUUCAUAGGAUCUUAUUUCUAAGUAAUUGUAAAAAUACUUCCUUCACCGACCAAAUCAGAAAAUUUAUCACCUCUUGUUUCUAAAUAAUGCAACACACUUUUUUCACAAUUCAAACGAAACCCCGUUUUAAAAAAAAUUAGUCCAUCAGGCACUUUUACCAAUGGAACUUGUCCAACAUAGAGCUGAAGCUUUUCUAAGGAUUAGUUCUGGAUACAUUUUCAACGAAAGAAGGGCAGCGUGGUUAAGCUUCAAAUCAUAGAUUGCAUCUCCACACAAAAAGGUCAUAAGAAGAGAGUUUUGUCUAAGCAGAAAUAAAAAGAGUUUUUACAAAAAAAAAAAAAAAAAAAAAAAAAGAGUUUUGUAGUACUUCUUCUAUGGAUUUGAUGUUAGCCAGUACAAUCUUUACCUAUAGGUUCUAGGUUCCGUGAGAAUAAAAAGUUUCAUGUGGGAGAUUCUCUGGUUUUCGAAUAGGAUCACAUUCUCACCGACGUCACUCAAGGGCAAUUGUCAAGAGAUGGCCAAUAAAGGAUCCUUAUAUGAGUAAAAUAAACUCAUUCUCAUUAAUUCAACUACAAUGUACAAUGAUAGUAUUUAUACUCUAUACAGACUCGUGUACUCCUAUACCACUCCAUUUACAUGUAUACAAUCGAUAUAAGCUGUAGAAUACAUAGUAUAGGAUAAUACCUUAUAAGGUCGAACCAGAGUAAUGAUCACUGAUCAGAAAUUUUGCACUUGAAGUUCAGGAUAGUAAAAAGUCAAAACCAACGCGGUUAAAAAUUGAAUUUAAAAAGCCUUUAAGCCGCCUCGUGCGACGGUAAUAAUACACUAACUGGUAGAUACAUGACCUCAGAAAUAACUUUUAACUAGAUCGUUUAUAGACCUACCUAGCCAACGAUCAACAAGACAUAGUUGACUUCAAAUAACCACUAGUUCAAAGUCACGUGUACACAUGUGUUCACGUGUAUCUGGGGACCACUACGACACGCCAAUUAAGUAAAAAUUAAAAAGACAACAAAAUAGAUUAAAAAACAGGUCAGUUAAAUAAUUGUCAAAAGAUUUUUCCAUGGUUGGUAUGGUCCCCUCCCUGUCUCCGGCCAAUCUUAGCCCUUAAGCGAACUUUGCUCCUCGCGGGAUUGCGAUCAGUCUUCGAUCCCUUCAUCGCCGUGAUCGAACUCUUUAAUCAAUCGGAGUUAGAGAAUCAGAGAUUUGUCCGGUGAAUCAUGUCUGAUGUACCUUCUUGUUCUAGCGGCAACAAUACAAACAGCGAUGAUUCGAGUAACUUUGAAUGUAACAUCUGCUUUGACUUGGCUCAAGACCCCAUUGUGACUCUCUGUGGUCACUUGUUCUGUUGGCCUUGCCUAUACAAAUGGCUCCAUCUCCACUCAACCUCAAGUGAAUGUCCCGUUUGCAAAGCAGUGAUCCAAGAAGACAGGUUGGUUCCUCUGUACGGUAGAGGCAAAUCAUCUACCGAUCCUAGGUCCAAGUCCAUUCCUGGAAUCCAAGUGCCGAACCGUCCAUCGGGACAGAGACCCGAAACAGCGCAACCACCUGAGCCUAAUCAUGGUUUUGGUCAUCACGGUUUUGGAGGGUUCAUGGGAGGUUUUGCAGCUCCGGUGGCGAGUGCUCGGUUCGGGAACGUUACGUUGCCUGCAGCGUUUGGAGGUUUGAUACCUUCGUUGUUCAACCUCCAUUUCCAUGGGUUCCCUGAUGCAGCCAUGUAUGGAGCUGCUGCUGCUGCUUCUGGUAGUUUCCCUCACGGGUUUUCGAACCCUUUCCAUGGAGGACACUCGCAUAUGCAUAGUUAUCAACGGUACACGGGGCGACAAGGACAACAAGACUAUCACUUGAAGGCAUUGCUUUGCUUUGUUUUUAUGGUCGUUGUGUUUUCCCUCAUCUUAAGCUAGUGAGGAAAAUCGAUUAGACAACUUUGCUUUCAGUUGUUUAUUUGAGAUCGGAUUAUAUAAAACCCGGGAAAAUUGUGCUAUGAUUUGAUUUGUAAUCUUGUGCUUAGCAAAAUUGUUCAUAUGUUAGUAAUACCUGCUGGCUUCUCUUGCUGGUGUUUAUAUUCUUAUAAUGUUAAAAUCGGAUCAUAAUUUACCGUUA